AUGGGACACCCCGGACCACGCUCUGGCUUCUCACCCCCGGCGGCCGGUGUCCGCAGCAUCCAGGCCCCUCACAGGCCGCCCUGCUCCCGGAGCGCCCCUGAACCCAGGAACCUGGGCGCCGUGCGGAGGGGAGAGGUGUCUGCUUUGUCUCAGGGGAGCCCAGGAGACAGCAGCAGGAUGGGCGGGCGGCCCUCAAGCCCCCUGGACAAGCGGCAGCAGCAGCACAUGAGGGGCCGGGUGGACGCCCUGCUGAGGAACUUCCUGCCCUGCUACCGCGGGCAGCUGGCCGCCUCCGUCCUGCAGCAGGUCUCCCGCGAGCUCGGCCCCCAGGAGUCAGCCGGAUGCCAGCUGCUGCGCAGCAAAAAGCUGCCUCGAGUCCGAGAGCACCGAGGGCCCCUGACCCAGCUGUGGGGCCACCCACCCCAGUGGCAGCCGAUCUUCUGUGUCCUGCGUGGGGACGGCCGCCUGGAGUGGUUCAGCCACAGGGAGGAAUAUGAAAAUGGGGGCCAUCCCCUGGGCUCCACGGCCCUGACGGGGUACACAGUCCUGACUUCUCAGCGUGAAUAUCUCCGCCUGUUGGAUGCUCUCUGCCCAGACUCCUCAGAAGACCACAUACAGGGAGAGCCUGCCCCCCUCCUGGAAAUGCCCGUUAGCUGCCCCCUGUUCCUGCAGCACCCUUUCCGCCGGCACCUCUGUUUCUCUGCAGCCACCGGGGAGGCACAGCGUGCCUGGAGGCUAGCCCUGCAGGGUGGCAUCCGGCUUCGCGGAACAGUCCUGCAGCGAAGCCAGGCCCCAGCCGCCCGAGCCUUCCUGGAGGCCGUUCGGCUCUAUCGGCAGCACCAAGGCCACUUUGGCGAUGACGACGUGACCCUGGGCUCGGACGCCGAGGUGCUGACCGCGGUGCUGAUGCGGGAGCUGCUGCCUGCGCUGCGAGCCCAGACCCUGUCCGUCCUGCGGGGGGCCGGCCGAACCCGGGCCUGGGCCUGGACCGAGCUCCUGGACGCUGUCCACGCCGCUGUCCUGGCCGGGGCCUCCGCGGGCCUCCGCGCCUUCCAGCCAGAAAAGGACGAGCUGCUUGCGGCCCUGGAGAGGACGAUCCGCCCCGACGUGGACCAGAUGCUGCGGCUGCGGGAGGGCGUGGCGGGGAGGCUGCGGGCCUCGGUCCAGGGCCCCCUGGAGUCGUGCCUGCGCGGGAAGGUGGCCACGCAGCUGCCCCGGGUCACGCAGACGCUGGUGAGCACCGUGGAGGCCACACUGGCGGCAGUGCAGACCCUCCUAGCCCAGGGCAUGGACCGCCUCUCUCGCCACCUGCGUGGGUGCCCCUCGGGCCUGCGGCUGCGUGAGGAGGUUUACGCAUUUGGGGAGAUGCCGUGGGACCCAGAGCUGAUGCAGAUCUGCUACCGCGAGGCUGAACGGAGCCGGGGGCGCCUGAGGCGACUAGUGGUGCCAUUUGGCUUCUGCGGGACUCGAAACCUGGUGUUUGGGGCCCAGGAUCUCGCACAGCAGCUCAUGGCCGACGCUGUGGCCACCUUCCUGCAGCUGGCUGACCAGUGUCUGACCACGGCCUUGGACUGCGGCCAGGCUGCGCAGCAGCUGGAGAAAGUCAGGGGCCGCGUGCUGAAGAAGUUCCGGUCGGACGGCGGCUCGGCGCGGAGGAGGCGCGUGCGCGGGUGGCUGCUGCGCAUCUUCCUGCCCUUCGUGCUGAGCCAGCUGGAGCAGAGCUGCAGAGCGGAGCUGCCUGCACUGGAAGCGGACGUCCUGGCCGCGGGCAGCCCGGCCCUGACCAUCGAGGGCGUCUAUGAGGACGUCGUCCGGGGGCUCCUGCUGCAGAGGAUCGACUGGGAAUUGAAGAAGGCCCUUGAUGCCGGUGACGUGUGCUGUGCUCUGGAUCGCUGCUUGGUGGCUCCGUGGGACCAGGUGGGAGCGGAUGAGGAAACUGAGGCCCAGAGAGGGACUUGCUCCAGGCGACCAGGCCCCGGUGCUGAGGUCCAGCCACUCUGCCCCCCGCCUACUCCAAGGACAUUCCCGAGCUGAAUCCUCGCCCACAUUCAUCCUUGUUCCCAAUGGAGGCACAUCUAC